CUUUUGUUUCAAUCUUUUUCCAACGCAAAUUCUUCGAAAUUCUUCCAAACUCCCCGGAUUUCUUCUUCGCCGCUCACCGGAGGACUGACUCUUUCCGAUCGAGGUUUCAUCCAUGGCUACCUUGGAUACCGAUGUCCCUAUGGUUCCCGCCGGUGAAGCUUCAAGCAGUGCUGGCCCUUCGUCUUCCAAAAAACCUAAGCGAUUUGAGAUCAAGAAGUGGAACGCUGUCGCUCUCUGGGCUUGGGAUAUUGUUGUCGAUAACUGUGCAAUUUGUAGGAAUCACAUCAUGGAUCUUUGUAUUGAAUGUCAGGCGAAUCAAGCGAGUGCUACCAGUGAGGAAUGCACUGUUGCCUGGGGGGUAUGCAACCAUGCUUUUCACUUCCACUGCAUUAGUCGUUGGUUGAAGACUCGCCAAGUUUGUCCAUUAGACAACAGCGAAUGGGAGUUCCAGAAGUAUGGACAUUAGGACCUUCAUAUCGUCGCAGUUGCCGAACGGUCAGUCAGACAAAUACUACCCUAAAGUGUCUAGUUGUUGAAAACAAACUACUGUCCAUUCCCAGAUCCUGUUUGUGUUUUAAGAUUGACUAGUUUAUUUUACUAUGUGAACCUUAGAUGUUUCUUUACAAAUAUUGAUUUAAAUGUUAAUUUUUCCUUCUUUGAACAUCCCUGCUUUUGUUUUCCGCUGUCUAUGUUUUGGGUCGAACCGGAAUGCCAAUUCUCUUUGUUAAUUUUCGCCUUCAUCUUUACUAAAUAUUUUGAUCAAAGUUCUUUCUUCC